UUGGCGCCACAAGUAUAUUGGCUCAGGCAGUUGUGAGGCGCAUCAUCACAGAGGAAGACCGAGUGAAAACCGAAGCGGCAGCAGCAGCAGCAGCAAUGGCGGCCUCCAUGAUCUCGUCGUCAGCUCUGGCGGCACCGGCCAGGGCCCAGGGCCUGCCGUCCCUCGGCCGCCGCGCGUCCUCCUUCGCCGUCGUCUGCGGCACCGGCAAGAAGAUCAAGACCGACAAGCCCUUCGGGAUUGGAGGUGGCCUCACCGUCGACCACGAUGCCUCCGGGAGGAAGGUCAAGGGCAAGGGCGUGUACCAGUUCGUCGACAAGUACGGCGCCAACGUCGACGGAUACAGCCCAAUCUACAAAGAGGAGGACUGGUCUCCCACCGGUGACGUCUACGUCGGUGGAACCACCGGACUUCUGAUCUGGUCCGUCACCCUCAUCGGGCUCCUUGCCGGCGGCGCCCUCCUUGUUUACAACACCAGCGCCCUCGCCAGCUAGCAACAUUAUUCAUGCAUAGUCCAUGAAAGCGCUUGCGGCCGGUCCAUAUAUAAGAUUUAUCAUCAGCCCGGGUGUCUGUGUGUAAUCUAGCCUGCAGCUUCGAUGCCCAAUAUAAUGCUUGGUUCAUGCAACAAUGCUACUACGGCUCUCCAUACUUUUGGAACAAUUAAUUAUUAUAUUACUUCAUGCUAUAUAUUUAGAUUAAUAACUGGUAACUUUAUUUC